UGCCGUGCUGUUGCGCUCACCGAGACGUGCUUCCGACCUGCAGCCGACAGCGCCUGACGAGUAUACAACACACCCGGCCGCACAGCCCUUCGCGAUCCUGACGCCACCCUGACCUCAGGGUCGUCGUUCAGCUCUCCGCCAAAGCGAGUGUAAGCCUGGCAGCUACAGCGAUUCCGCAUCCCGCGGCGCCGCCAUCGGGGCUGCCCGGCGUCGACGCCCUCUACUCCAGCCCCUGCUUCUUGCCGUGGGCCGCGGACAGGUCAUCAGGGGUGGUCACCACGUUGGAGCUGGGGUUCCCGAGAAGUAUGGCGCUUGUCGCCCCGCCAGGCACCUGGCGAGAGUCGACAGGCGCCGUCGUCACCUCCGGCCCGCCGAUCACACCCACGACGGCCGAGGACAUCUCCAGGGACAUCCAGAGCACCCCUGGCACCGGCGGCCUCGUCGCCUCCGCCUCCACGCACUCGCAACACUCGAGCGGCGGCAGCUCGUCCCAUUCGCAGCAGGGUGCAGUGGACAAAAACCAGAACAUUGAGUGUGUUGUGUGUGGCGACAAGUCCAGUGGCAAACACUACGGACAGUUCACCUGCGAGGGAUGCAAGAGUUUUUUCAAGAGGAGCGUGCGGCGGAACCUGACCUACUCGUGUCGAGGGAACCGAAAUUGCCCGAUUGAUCAGCACCACCGCAAUCAGUGCCAGUACUGCAGACUGAAAACCUGUCUCAAAAUGGGCAUGAGGAGAGAAGCAUCUCAUGCUGCUGGACGAUGGGGUCAACAGCAGAAAUGCGCGCCGCUGCCGCGUUUUCCAACUGUUCAACGGGGCAGGGUGCCGCCGUCGCAGCCGUCAGGGUUUCCAAGCCAACUGGCCAUCACGAACGGCGACCCUAUGAACGGACACUCGUACCUCUCGAGCUACAUCUCGUUGCUGCUGCGCGCCGAGCCGUACCCGACGUCGCGCUACGGCCAGUGCAUGCAGCCCAACAAUAUCAUGGGCAUCGACAAUAUUUGCGAACUGGCGGCGCGGCUGCUCUUCUCGGCGGUCGAGUGGGCCAGGAACAUCCCCUUUUUCCCUGACCUGCAGGUGACCGACCAGGUGGCCCUUUUGAGGCUUGUGUGGAGCGAACUGUUUGUUCUGAACGCGUCCCAGUGCUCCAUGCCCCUGCACGUGGCGCCCCUGCUGGCGGCGGCCGGUCUGCACGCGUCGCCGAUGGCCGCCGACAGGGUGGUCGCCUUCAUGGACCACAUCCGCAUCUUCCAGGAGCAAGUCGAGAAACUCAAGGCACUGCACGUCGACUCGGCCGAGUACAGCUGCCUCAAAGCCAUCGUCCUCUUCACCACAGAUGCUUGCGGUCUCUCGGACGUCGGGCACAUCGAGGGUCUGCAGGAGAAGUCGCAGUGCGCGCUGGAGGAGUACUGCCGCACGCAGUACCCGAACCAGCCAACGCGGUUCGGCAAGCUGCUGCUGCGGCUGCCGUCGCUGCGCACUGUGAGCUCGCAGGUGAUCGAGCAGCUCUUUUUCGUACGGCUUGUGGGCAAGACGCCGAUCGAGACGCUCAUCAGGGACAUGCUGCUCAGCGGCAGCUCCUUCUCUUGGCCCUACAUGAGCUCCAUGUGACACUCGGUGUGGCGCCAGAUCGCGUGCUCGGCCCCGCCGCCCCCGCCCUAGCGCCCGUCGCCGGCUCCUGCCCCCAACGGCCGCCCCCGCACGAACGCUUCUCUUUUCUAGCGCCACCCGAGCGAAGAACGUUUUCAAAUUUAUUAUAUGCGUACAUAUUUUUGUACUCGCUGCUGACCGCCCCCUCAACACACAAACCUUUGGCAUCCACCCCGUUUUUUAUUCUUUUGGUGGGUUUGCAAAUUCUGAAGUUUCUCUACUUCUGGCAUCAUUUCGUUAGAAUUAUUAUGAAUUUUGUAACUUUUAAGGAUGAGUUAUUUUUAUUUUGCAAUUUCGUGCCAUUUCAGUCAGUUGAAAGGUUGUUAGCUUUCAAAGUCCGCUUUUCAACUCUUUAAGUACAGAAAUUUUAGGUUAUACUGAAAUUUAUAAUACCGUGUAAGGUGGAUUUUUGAAGAAUCUCCUCCUUUUACAGAAUUUGCAAAUCUCCGCCCAAAGUCUCUAGCAAAGAUUGUGAAGCUGUUUUUGGAUAUAUCUGUUAGAAGAAUGUUUUUGUACUGUUUGUUACAUUAUCUUAAAUUUAUAGUGGAAAAUCUGUUUAGUCUCAAAAGGAAGUCUCAAAAAGCUCGGUGACCUUUUUGGAAGCCAAAGACUUGAUACACACCCUGAAUAAAAAGUAAUUUUUAUUAUCAAAAAAUAUUCCAAAAAAGUAGAAAGGGAGAGUUAAGCAAAAAAAAUGUGAGAAAUUGGUGUUGAAAGAUAUUUAAAAAAAAAAAAAAAAUGUGCAUAACUAUCUUCAUAAAUUAUUAUAGUGACAAUUUGUUGAAAAUCAGCAACAGCACGCAUGGUUGUCUCUGAAGUAAAAUCUGUUGUUUCUCUCUCAAGCAGCGCGUGCAUUUUUUGUAUAAAUUUAACGCAUUAGAAGAGAAGUGGCCCAGACGGAUAAGCAAAUAUUUGUAAAUUGUAAAAUAUAAACAUGACGCAUCACAUGAAGACACACUCACUUUCUCACUUAAAAAAUCGAGGUGUAUUACUUUAUGAUAUGAUAUAUGAUUUUUUUUGUGAAUAUGAGAGAAGGCAACGCGCUCUAGAUGCAAAACCAAUAAUUGUAAAACUUUUAAAUAAUACAAUUAUAUUGUGAAGAAAAGGUAUACACAUGUGUCAUUAAAAUGUCAUUGAUAAGAAA